AUGAUGAUAUUCGUGUUGAUCACCACACUUUUAUUUUUGGCAGCGGCACAAGACACGGUGACAGAGUCGAGCAGUAGCUCCGAAGAACCCAUUCCAUGUUCUGUUGGGUGUACAUCUUUGUGUUUCACUAAUUACACGUGCUCGACUUGUGCUUCUGGUUAUGACCAAGACCACACUUGUCUCUAUUGUAAUAACUACGACUUGUUAGAAGAUGCAACUCAGGUAUCAGUCAUGACUGGCACAGGGUGUCAGUCUCGUGUGCGAAUUAACGACAACGGCGAUAUACCUGAAGUUGUUGAAGAGAUUUUGAAAGAAGACAUAUACAAUUACACAUUUGGUGCUGACAAACCAUAUAGAAAGCCGCCAUGCAGUCCUGGUGAUUAUGUCCAAGGGUUUUGGCUCAAAUUUGAUUUGUCGACUCUGGAAAAUGACACGUUAUAUAUUGACUUUGGUGUCGACUCUGAGGUCGAAGACUACGACAUAACCAUCGACAUUGUUUCGAAACACAACAAUCACAAAAAGUGUGUUGGGACGUCGAAAAUUAAGUCGAGUAAGUUUCUUCAUUUUGAAAUGCCCAAAGAUAUGUUCAUGAGCGACGACUCCAUGUUUUACUUCUUCUUUGGAAUAGCUCAAGAAAGUACCACAACUGUGUCUCUCAAUUUUACAGACAAACCAACAGAGUAUGUGACGUAUUAUUUGGGGGUUGAAAACAUCGUCUUUCUCAGUGAGGUCAAAAGAACAGCCACUGCUAAAAUACCAAUGUCAUCUGAAGGUGUCUUUGGAUAUCCGGCAUGCAUGCCACACAUAUUUGGAAAGAUGAUUGACUUCUUCAUCGAGUUCAACAUGUCUGCUGUUAUGUUAAUGUCUACGAAGACGGAGAAUAGAAUAAGGUAUAUUGAAGAGUAUGUUCUUGAGAAUGACACCAAACACUGUGUACACUUUUACUCACCUACAACAGUCAAUGGAAAGACUGCAGUGUUCAUUUUAUUGGAACAAAGAUAUGAAACAAGAAACUUCACGAUUAUAUCACAAGAACACAUCCACGACAUCCCAUUGUCAUUUAGAUAUAUUUGCCCUAACAAUUGCUUCACUAACGAGUCACAUGGAUACUGCUCUAUUUCUCAGGAAGCGUGUGUAUGUAAUGAUGGGUAUGGCGGUGAUGAUUGCCACUUGUUGUGUUAUUACCAGAAUCAAUGGCAACCCUCUGAUAACAAUGGAAAUGAUCAAUGUUAUUAUGGAACUGGAAAUUGUGACUCGUAUUGUCAAUGUGCAGAGAAUUAUACAUUAAUAGGCCAUGACUGCAUCUCACAAAAUUGCUCAAGUGGGACAUAUGGAGAAGAUAUACAAUGUCUGUACGGCAGCACUUUUUGUCAAAGGAAUUGUACGUGUCAAAAUGGGUAUAUCCCAUCAAAUGUCACGCAUACAUGUGUGUUAGCAUCUUGUGGAAAUGGGAUAAGAGAUGACACGGAAGACUGUGAUGGUGGAGAAUAUUGUGACGAUAAGUGCCACUGCAUUUCAGACAAAUACGAACCGUCCCCGAAUGUUCCACAGUCAUGUCAGCCUAAAAUUAGUUCAACGACAAUAGGACUUAUCUCUGGGUUUUCAGUACUUUUGUUACUGAUUGUAGUUGUCAUCAUUCUAGUAUUAAUUAUUGUAAAGGUGUCGAAUUCGUAUGUGAAUAUCAAUAAUGAGAUUUACAAGACACAACAAGAUCUCUAUUACAUGUACAUAUCUGGCUCAAAGAAAUUCUAUCCCGAGCAGAACACAAAUCAAUUCGAUGUUUUCCCAUUGGAACUCGAUUUUGGGAAUAGAGACACCUUAACUAAUAUCUAUGAAACCCGCUUUGAAAAUGUAAUGCUUUCAAAUUACUCGAACAAAAUUAUGAUGGUUAUAUUCCACACACCAAAUAACCCAAAAUACAUCUUCCACUUUGACCCUCAAAUUGUCUUUGUUUCUCCAAAGACUCGAAAAGUAAUUUCUGUCUUCAUGACACUGCACUGCACAACAAAAAUCAAGGACGUGUGUAUCCCAUUUACGGUAUGGUUCAGUAAGCAAAGAAAGACGUUAACUGCAAUUGAGGAAUUGUUGGUUGGUAAAACGUUUGAUGAUUGGGACCAAGAUAGUCAAUACCGAAUGAAUGUGCUAUUAAAAGGUGUCACGUCCCAUUCACACGGCAAUUUUGUGAUUAUGACGGAUGCGGCCAGUUCGACGUAUUUAGAUAUGGACGAGUUGAAUAUGUCAGAUGUCCCAAUAGCAGAAGGCGCGAUGGGUAAAGUCUUUAUUGGUAAUUACCGAAGUGUCCCUGUCGCUGUCAAACAGUUCAGAUGGGAGAAUUUGGAUGAGGAGGAAAUGAACGAUUUAAAAAAGAAUGUGAUUCAAGAGUGUGAGAUUAUGAGCAAAUUGCGUAAUCCGUUUAUAGCGAAUUAUAUGGGGUCCGUCACUUAUAUUCCACAAGUGUCUUUAGUCCUUCAGUUCUUCGUUUUAGGCGCAUUGGGAGAAUAUUUGAGGCAAGAGAAAACGUAUUACUUGAAGCUUCCCUACAAAUUGAAAGUGCGAAUGUUGUUUGAUAUUUCUCGUGGAAUGCAAUUCCUUCACGAGAAUAGAAUUCUUCAUUUGGACUUGAAGCCAGACAAUUUACUUGUGAAUUCGUUAUACACAGACUCGGCGUGUUGUAUCAAAAUCACUGAUUUUGGAACCUCGCGAUUUACUAAAACCACACAAACAAAUGAAAAGGGGUUGGGAACUCCAGUGUAUGUAGCUCCCGAAGGUUAUAAUGACGUUUACACUUAUGCGGGAGAUGUUUAUUCCUUUGGCAUAACUGCUUGGGAACUCUUUUAUCAAGAGGAGCCAUUCAAAGAAUUCAAGUCACUUUUCGACUUAAAGAAAAGUGUUUUAGAAGGAAAGCGUCCAAAAAUUGAUGAUCGUAUGCCGCUUAAGUAUCGAGCACUUGUGGAAGAUUGUUGGAAACAAGGUUUUGAGGAGCGUCCCUCAUUCUCAGACGUAUGUGACAGAAUUGUGAAAAUUGGAGCAGAAGAAGUCAACGUUUUCAAAGUGGAUAUCGGUGUUGACGUCAACAAAGUCGAAGAUAUCAUCGAAUUAAAGAACGAACGGUUCAACCAAAUUGUGAAAGACUUGUAA